CGUCCUCAGCUUAGCCCACGACGACCACAACCCACGACGCUGCGACGCUGUGCUGCGACGCAACUCAUUCCAUUCUUCACUGUUUAAUACGACUUACGCUUAGCCAUGUCUGAACCAUACGACCCAUACCUUCCGCGAGGAGGUUCCUCGACGAACCCCUCCGCCCCACCUGCGGGCAACUCAAAGACUGCUGCGAUCCAGCAGCAGAUCGAUGACACCGUCGGCAUCAUGCGUGAAAACAUAACCAAGGUUGCCGAGCGAGGAGAGCGGCUGGACCAGCUCCAGGACAAGACUGAUAACCUGGCAGUCUCGGCGCAAGGCUUCCGUCGCGGCGCCAACCGUGUUCGCAAGAACAUGUGGUGGAAAGACAUGAAGAUGCGCAUCAUCAUUGGUGUCGCCAUCGCGAUUAUCAUUAUCAUCGUUGUCGUUUCCGUCGUGAAAGCGACGCACCAUUGAUCGCACCUAUGACUGCUAUGCUUGACCUUUGGACCCUUUAUUCCUCCGCCCGCUGUCGUCCCUGCCGCACCCGCUCGAGCUCUCCCCUUUAGGUUUCGCAGGCCCAUAGGGGUGCUGUUGUAUGAUACAUGUCCUUAUCUAUGCCCGUACUAUACAUUCCCGCUGUUUUCCUUCGUGUUCUCUUCCUUUUUGCGGAGGCCUCGUGUUGGUAUGGUUCGAAAUGAAGCGGACAUUCCC